AUGCCUAGUUUCUUUAACCCCCAAACGACCAAUGCCGUGGAGCUCACUCAGCUCCUUGCACAGCGCAAAAUCACCAGCGUCCAGAUUGUCGAGGUAUAUCUCGCCCACACCGAGCAGCACAACCCGGGCCUCAACGCCCUCAUCUCGCAACCGCCCCGGCAAAAGGUCCUCGCGGCGGCGGCAAAACUGGACCAAGAGCGCAGCGAUGGCAAGCUUCGCGGGCCUCUGCACGGCAUCCCCAUCAUUCUCAAGGACUGUUUGACGACGGCGUCCGAUCUGGGGAUGAGCACGACUUGCGGUUCUCUGGCGCUGGUCGGGGCCAAGGCGCGGAAAAACGCGGCGAUUGUGCAGAGGAUGAUUGACGGCGGCCUCAUCAUCCUGGCCAAGGCCAACAUGACGGAGUUUUGCGGCAUGAAGAUGACUUACAUGAUGCCGGGCUGGUCCGCCCACGGCGGCCAGACCCUAUCCCCCUACGUCCGCGUCAUCGAAAAGGACGAAAAGAUUCUCGGUCAUUCCGCACCCGGAGGCUCGUCCACCGGCUCCGGCGUCUCCCUCUCGGCCGGCUUCGCGCCGCUGGCCAUGGGCACCGAGACCAUCGGCUCCAUCGUCACGCCGUCGAGCCGCAACGCGCUGUACGGGCUGAAGCCGACGGUGGGCGCGCUGGACGCGGAUGGCGCGUUCACCAUGACGGAGUUUUACGACAGCCCGGGGCCGAUGGCCAAGUCGGCGGCUGACAUCCGGGCGCUCGCGGGGUUCCUGCUCGGUCGCGGCUUUGAGGCCGCGCCGCCGGGGGACGUGGGCUCGUGGAAGGGCCUGAAGGUGGGCGUCGUGGACCCGCGGCUGUGGACGCUGGACGAGUCCAUGUGCCGGCAGCACGAGGGCACGGCGGUUAACAUGGUGGAAGAGUAUGAGUCCAUGGUAGAGACUCUGCGGAAAAGCGGAUGUUCGUUGCAGUAUCCCUUUGCUUUGCCGAAUCUGUCUGGGUAUCCGGAUACAAUCUCCCUCGCCCACUGGGAGUUCAACAACAUCUGUCUUCCGAAAUUUCUCAAGAUAUUUGACAACUUUCCGAUUCGCAGCGUCAAGGACAUUGUCAAGUUUAACCAAGACAACCAGGAGCGAGCCAUGCCAGAGCCAUACACGGAGCAAAACGACCUCAUCAAGGCCAUGAACAGCAACGAGCCGGCUGAGGAGGUCGACGCGGUCAAGGCCGAGCUCCGCGCCAAGGCCCGGGGUAUCCUGGACGGGGCAUUUGACACGGCCGGGGUCAACGUGCUGGCUGGCCCGUGCGACUCGGGGUUCUGCGUGCACGCGGCGGCGGCAGGGUACCCGGUGGGCGCGGUGCCGCUGUCGACACUCCGGUACAACGGACGGCCGUUUGGGCUGUGCGUGGUGGCGCGGGCGGGCGACGAGGAGGCGCUGCUGCAGUUCAUGGCGGCGUAUGAGGCGGCGAUGCCGGCGAGGGCGGUGCCGGUAUUGUGA